AUGAACAAUACUUCCCCCGCACCCCCUGUCCCUGGGCUCAACCUCUCGUCUACCCACGCUGCAGCUCUGCAGCCGGGGAGCAUGAUCAACCCGGGUAUGCCUAGUGGUGUGUCGACCCCCAUCGGAACGGGGGGGAAUCAAGCGGGAGGGUAUAUGGGAGCGAAAGGACAGGCUCCACCUCCUCCUAGUCCUGGGAGAGCUGCGGCGGAACAACUCGCUGGGAUGUCCCUCUCCGACUCCGGUUCUAGGGAGAUGUCUUCUUCCUCUUCCUCGUCCACCCCGACACCCAACAACAAUAAAGGACCGGAUUACGUCUACUUCCAAAGAAACCCUUCACAGUACCCCACGCAUGUUACCCAGAAAUCCACGGCUACGAAGAUGCGUAUGGAAUUGUAUUACAAACAAGCCGUCGAGGGUGUCGUACAGCGAAAGGAAAGACGGGUCGCUUUGGAGAAGAAUCUGAUGAGCGAAGGAGGGAGGGGGAUGGAGGAUUGGCAAAAGGCGAAACAGCUCCAAGGGCUGGGAAGGAGGGAGACCAAUUACCUCCGAUUGCGUCGGACCAAGAUCGGGCUGGGCGAUUUCAAGACGGUCAAGGUCAUCGGAAAAGGAGCUUUCGGGGAGGUCCGGUUGUGUCAAAAGACCGAUACCGGCAAGAUCUACGCUAUGAAGACGUUGAUGAAGAACGAAAUGUUCAAGAAGGAUCAGCUCGCCCACGUCAGAGCCGAACGAGAUGUCCUCGCCGAGUCCAACUCGCCCUGGGUCGUACAACUCUACUACUCGUUCCAGGACUCUGAUUAUCUGUACUUGGUCAUGGAGUUCUUGCCCGGAGGUGAUCUGAUGACGAUGUUGAUCAAGUACGACACGUUUUCGGAAGACGUUACCAAGUUUUACAUGGCCGAGUGUAUCCUGGCGAUCGAGGCCGUUCACAAGCUGGGCUUUAUCCAUCGUGAUAUCAAACCCGACAACAUCCUGAUCGACGGACAAGGUCACGUCAAGCUCUCCGACUUUGGUCUCUCCACCGGGUUCCACAAGCAGCACGACUCUUCCUACUACCAAAAGUUGCUUGGGGGCGGGAACGGCUCCGAGAACAAUUCGCCCAACCUCGAUGCCGGCCAGGGCAGGUCGUCGGGUGCGGGCGCGAGGAACAGCGUCAUGGUCAAUGCCAUCAAUCUGCAGAUGACUUCCAAGGGGGAUAUCGCUACGUGGAAGGCCAACAGGAGAAAGUUGGCCUAUUCAACCGUAGGGACUCCCGAUUAUAUCUCCCCCGAGAUCUUUUUGCAGAAAGGUUACGGAAAGGAGUGUGAUUGGUGGUCCCUGGGAGCGAUCAUGUACGAGUGUCUCGUCGGCUACCCGCCGUUCUGCUCGGAGAGUCCUCAUCAGACCUACCAGAAGAUCAUCAAGUGGGAAGAUUACCUGCAGAUCCCUAAUGACGUUCACCUCAGCCGUGAGGCAGAGGGUAUGAUUCGGGGACUUUUGAGCCACGCGGACACUCGUCUGAACAUCGACCAGAUCAAGGCUCACCCCUUCUUUUACGGUGUCGACUGGAACACCAUCCGGAACAUCGACGCCCCCUUCGUACCUCAUCUCAGGUCGAUGACCGAUACGUCCUACUUCCCUACCGAAGACUUGGACCAGGUGCCCGACCUCCCGGCUCCCAGAGAGCCCGGGAACGGUGCUGCCAAAGACCUGGCCUUUUUGGGUUAUACCUUCCGCCGAUACGAGAUGCUUUGA